AUGUCUCUUAAAAUGAACACCGGUCUUAAGAUCUAUACUACUCCUCUUCCUCUUGCUUUUCUUGCUCUUCUACCAAGCCUUACGCUAGUUAUAGUCGACCUUGCUAUCUUUCACGCCUUUAUGACUACUCGCAUGCUAUUGCUAAGCGCUUUAAGAGCUUUCUGCUUUAGUAGUGCUAACAUCACCGACUUUAUCGAAAAGUACGAAGAAACUUGUGAUGACUUUAGUAUCUUUAAAGAUGAUCGAUUAAUGCGAUCUAUAAUCGAAUUGAUUACUUCGAAGACUAAGUCGUUAACUCAACUUCUCGACGCUUUGUUUAAUCUUAACUUCAAGUUCGAUUCAAAGACCGCGACGAAGCCUUUAUUAAAUAUACCGCUUAAAAUGCUCGAAAUAAGGUCAGCCUCGAAGAAGGAGUUUAAAUUGCUGCUGUCGGUUACGGACCAUAAAGACGAAGAAAAAGAAGAGGUAGAAGAUACGAAAGUUAAAUGCAAGAUUAUAGCUUUUGCAAGAACUUCGAAGACACAACUCAAGCUUCUUAUUAAUACCGGGAUAAGUAUUAAUACGCUUAGCUACUUAUCUAGCAUAAAGAUUGCUUCGGUCGAGAUCAACGCCGCCGCAAGAGACAAAGCCAAGAAGCCUUUCCAGCCUUCAAAAGGAUCUAAGCCUACUAAGAUCAAGAAGAAUGUCCGACAACAAAAAGAAAAGAACUACGGCACCUUUAAAGCCCACUCGAAAGAUAAGCUGUUCGAUGGUUUAAUUAAAGAAGAGUCUUCUAGACCUUCUAGACUAACUAAAGCCGACGAGGCUAUAAAAGAUAUAGAAAGAGAGGUUGAGAUCACUCAGCGAGUAUCAAGAAAAAGGAAGAAAAAGACUUAUAGACGAAAGAAGUUCAUUGACCUUUACGUUAUUACUAAAGCUCAAGAAAAAGCAAUAGCGGCGAUUAUAAAAUCGAGAAUCGAAGUUUAA